UGAAAUAGCCAAGUUACUAGGAAAACCGUCAAUGAGAGAGAUGUGGAAUAGCAGCAAAAAUCAAUUGGCAUUGGCAAUCGCCUUGCUUUCACUUCUGGCCAUACUGAAGGGAACGGAGGCGCGACACAGCCUGUUCGACUGUAAUGUGAAGUACAAGUGCUCGGCGGAGAAGGAUUACAUCUGGGCAACCGACGAAGAGCGUUGUCAUGUGAUCCAUAACAGGUGCCUGCUAGAGGUCGAGCAAUGUGCGCGCCGUGAUCAGGGCAAGGCGGAGCUGGUGGAAACGGAUCGAGAGACUUGCAAAAAGACCUGUGAGAGGCCGUGCGAGAGAAACUUUGAGCCUGUCUGUGCUCAGUUCUUCCAGGAGGAGUACAUAACCUUCAGCAAUGAGUGCGAGAUGCGCAACUAUAUAUGCACCCACGAAAGGGCCUACUCGUUCUACGAUCUUGGAAAAUGUGUUAGCUCUCCCCCAUCGCAAAAUUAAUUGUUUUGUGGAGAACAACAAUUGUAAACAUUAAAAUUUAUUUUUGUAUUCAAUAAAAAUAUCCAUACACAAAAGUCAUUCAACUUAUUUCACAAAGUCAGACAGAGCUCCAAUUAUUCGGGUCUUAAGCCUCACACACUUUGUAUUUUUAGUUGUAAUAUAUAAUUAUAAAAUAUGAAGUUCAGAGAUCAGACAUCGCUUCAAACUGGAGCAAAUCCAAUGUCAGUAAUAUAUUUUGGGAUCAGGUUAUUAGAUAUAUCAGAUAUAUCAAGUAAUUAACUUGGGUUGUUCUUAAUUUGUUUGUGUAAGGACAGAUUCAAAUCUUAAUUGAGUGCCUUAGCCAAAUUUUGUUGGGAGUUUGGAGUUAUAAAUAAGCUGGACUUUCUCAUUAAAGACAUCAGUUGUCCACAAGCAACACAUACAGAACCUUCUGAAAUAACAUCAACAAUGGCUGCCACUUUCGUUAUCCUGCUGAGCUGCCUCGCAUACGGCAUUGUAGCCAGUCCUUCGCAAAUUGGAAGCUUGCCUGGCGGUCGCCCAGCUCAAUCUGUCCUGGGUCCCGUAGCUAACAAACCAUCGUCAUCUUACUUGCCACCAGCUAAGCAGGGCAGACGUCCAGGUGCUGAGCCUCUUGUGUCCAUACCCUCGAAUCCA